AUGGAGAUUCCGAUUUGGGACAAGACUGAUGAAUUGCGCUGGACCCUACCUCCAGAACUCCGCAACCUAACCAUUCGCCGCUCUGGCCACGGCCGCAUAUAUGGCACUGACCAUGGUGGACGCGAUUUAUUCGAAACCACCAUGGCCGACGAGAAAAACUCACUCCCUCUGCCCAUGGCCCCGAUCCCAGCGCCGAAGCCGAAGCCGAAGAACCGUCGCGUCAGAAACGCGAUGCUCAGCAUCGUCACUCUGUCUUGUCUCGCGCUGCUGGUCGUCUCACACUCUGGCCUGUUCAGCAAAUACGUCCGUAAAGCGAGCGCAAAGACAUUCAAGCUCAGCGCCAGACCUCAGACCGGCUGCCACCAAGCGGAUGUGCUCUCGCCCAAGCGUGAUGCGGAGCUUUUGGAAACUAUCUCUGACCUGCUCAUGAGCGAAAACUUCCAAUCGAAUGUCAUAGACCGGCUCGCGGGAGCGAUUCGGAUCCCGACCGUAGUCGAAGACGAUAUGACUAUGCUCGAUGGUGAUCGUCGAUGGGACGUGUUCCAGGACCUCCAAGACUAUCUUGAUGUCACUUAUCCCCUCAUGCAUGAUAGACUGGACGUGCGAACUGUUAACAGAUAUGCUCGGCUGUAUACAUGGGAGGGGUCGAAUGAAGAACUUGCUCCCAUUCUGCUCACGGCGCAUCAGGAUGUGGUCCCGGUCGAGAGUGAGACACUCAGUGUUGUAGGUGAAUAUAUGUACGGUCGAGGGGCCGCUGACGACAAGAGCCGUCUCACCGCCGUGAUGACCACUCUUGAAACCAUGAUAGAGAAUGGUUUCGAGCCUGCGAGGACGAUUGUUCUAUCGCUCGGUUUCGACGAAGAAUUGUCUGGAGCUCAAGGAUCUAGAGCCCUUGCGGCUGAACUGGAGGAGUUUUAUGGCUACGAUACGCCGUUUGCGUUUGUGCUCGAGGAGGGUGGGGGUUUCAGUGGCAACAGCAGAGAUGGCAUUUUUGCAUUGCCUGCUGUGGCCGAGAAGGGCUAUCUCGAUCUUGAAGUCGAAGUCAGGUCUCCCGGCGGACAUUCCUCUCGUCCACCGGCUCACACCACCAUUGGCAUGCUUGGUUCGGUCAUCGUCAAGUAUGAGGAUAACCCAUUCUCGCUCAACUUGGAUCGUGACUCGGUUCCCUACCAAAUGCUCCAGUGCCGCGCCAAGUAUUCUCCGACCAUUCCCUGGAAAUUGAAGCAAUUUAUCGAUAUGUCGCAAUAUUCCGACUAUGCACUAGCGCAAGUGGAAGACAUCAUCUUCAAGGAUGAGACGUGGCGGCACUUGAUCGGCACGACCCAAGCUGUGGACAUCAUCCAGGGUGGUGUGAAGAGCAACUCACUUCCUGAGCAGGCGGUUGCAUUGGUCAAUCAUCGGAUUUCGACCUCAAGCUCUGUUGCUGAAACCAUGGCACGUGACACAGCGCUCUUGCACAGCAUCGCCCACGAGUUCAACUUGAACUUCACUGCUUUCGGCCGACAGAUCAUUGCGGCCCCCGGGUCUGACCGCGGUACUUUGAGACUUGAAGCUGUUGAAGGAGGUGAACUGGAACCGGCGCCGAGAUCCCCCAUCAGUGGGCGCGGUUCUGAGGCAUAUCAGAUCCUCUCUGGCAGUAUCAAAGCUGCUUUCAACGGUUACCGUGGACUCGAUGAUCCCAACGCAGUCAUCGUUUCUCCUGGCCUCCACACCGAGAACACCGGUAGCCGUUAUUACCACGACCUCUCGCGCAAUAUUUUCCGCUACAAUCAUAAGAACCUUAUGGGCGAUCAGCUUCCGUCGGGAUCUCACACGGUUAACGAAGUCAUCCGCACGGAAAGUUUGCUUGAGAUGAUCCAUUUCUUUACCACGCUCAUCCUCAAUGCGGACGAGUCGACUGAAAUCUACGCCGCAUAUUUGCUUUCGUCCCAUACCAUGGCGAGCGAGAAAUCCGCACUUCCCCUGCCCACCGGCACGGCCCCCGCGCCCAGCUCGGGCUCCCGCCGCCGCAGCGCGCUCCUCGUCGCGGUCACCCUCGCGUGUGUCGCGUUCUCGUUCUUCUCGCACGCGGACAAGAUCACCUCGCGUGUUUCCGUGGUCGCAGGAGAGAGCCUGGGGCUGCACCGCUACGAGGCCAGCUGCGCACAGGCUGGCGUGGUCACCCCGAAGCGCGGCGCGCCUUUGCUGGACGCCGUCGGGGACCUGCUCGCGACCGACGCGUUCCAGUCCAAGAUCAUCACUUGGCUGUCGGAGGCCGUCCAAGUCCCGACGGAGGUGUAUGAUGGUAUGCCUCCGCCUGGCCAAGACCCGCGAUGGGAGGUCUUUGGGCCAUUUCACGACUAUCUGCUGUCCGCUUUCCCACUUGUACACGAAACCUUGGCGCUAACGAAGGUCAACACCUACGGCCUGUUGUACCAGUGGGCUGGCUCGGAUUCUUCGCUUAAACCUAUCUUGUUCGCUGCCCACCAGGACGUCGUUCCCGUCGAGCCGCUUACAUACGAUGACUGGACUCACCCACCCUUCUCUGGACACUACGAUGGCAAAUACAUCUGGGGUCGCGGCAGCUCAGACGACAAGAGCGGUCUGAUCUCAAUUAUGGCCACGAUCGAGACCAUGAUCGCACAGGGUUUCAAACCAGCGCGCACCAUCGUCAUCGCCUUUGGCUUCGACGAAGAGGCGUCUGGACGACAGGGAGCCGGCGCUCUCGGUGAAGCGAUGGAGAAAAUCUACGGAAAGGAUCUGCCGUUUGCUUUCGUCGUCGACGAAGGGGGAGGAUUCGGCGGCGACGCUGAACAGGGUGUCUUUGCUAUGCCUGCUGUUGCUGAGAAGGGCUACCUAGAUGUUCAGCUGGAGCUCAACUCUCCGGGGGGUCACUCUUCCAUUCCGCCUGUUCACACCACCAUCGGUAUGCUUGCUGCGCUGAUCGUAAAAUAUGAGGAGAACCCGUACCCUGCCACCUUGGAUCGCGACUCUGUGCCAUACCAGACUCUGCAAUGCAUGACUGAGUACUCCCCAAGCUAUACCGAGGACUUCAAGAAACUGGUUCGGCGCUCGCGGCAUUCCGACCGUGCCCUCAAAGAAGUGGAAGCGAUCGUUCUCGCGCAGCCGGUCCAGCGUGCGCUGAUUGGAACGACUCAAGCUGUGGAUAUCAUCCACGGUGGUGUCAAGAGCAACGCGCUUCCAGAACAGGCUGUGGCGCUUGUAAACCACCGGAUCUCGACGUCCAGCUCUGUGGGCGAGACCAUGGCACACGACACCGCUCUCUUACAGGGCCUUGCUGAAGAGUUUAACUUGACCUACACUGCAUUCGGCAAGCUUAUCUCGGCAGCCAAUGCUCCUGCCUACGGAACCUUGACGUUGAAAGACGCCCAUGGAACUGCGCUGGAGCCGGCGCCCCGAUCUCCUCUGAGCGGACCGGGUUCUGAGGCAUACCAGAUCCUCUCUGGAUCGAUCAAAGCCACUUUCAACGCGCACCGCGGUCUGGAUGACCCCAACGCCAUCAUCGUUGCCCCGGGCAUGAGCACUGGAAACACGGACACCCGUUACUACUGGAACCUUUCACACAGCAUCUUCCGAUACAACCACAACAAUGCCAUGGGCAAACGGGAGAUCCUUGGUGGAGCGCAUACUGUAAAUGAAGCUGUUCUGGCAGAGUCUCUAUUUGAGAUGGUUCGCUUCUUUACUACUCUUAUCCUCAAUGCGGACGAGUCCACCGUUAUCUAGCCGCAAGUAUACAUGUACAUUCAGAAAUUUGGCUUACAUACUUGAAAACUAACUGAGGAAUCGCUGGACGUGAGCUACAAUGAACUUUUCGUCUUCUUUGGUACCUCCUCCGCCACCUGCCAUAUGGCCCCAGAUGCUCUCGAUGACCUGCAGUUCUCCGUGUUCCAGAUCCUUCACUUCGGCGACAGAAUCUUCAGGAGGGAAAUAAGUGUCAGUUCGGGACGGCAUGACCAACGCCUUCGCUUUGAUUCGGGCAAGAGCCUGGGAUAGGUUUCCACGGUCUGCUUCCGGGCCGAGUUUGGAGAUGUCCCCGUUUUGCCACGUGCGCAGUAUGCAGAGCAGAUCAUUAGCGUCCCAAACACCCAGUCCGCCCUCCCAGUCGACACGCAGGUACUCUUCCAGAUCGCGAUAACCGAGGGUUUCCCAGCACUUUUCGCGGAACCAAGCUUGCGAGAGGGCCCAGGCCGAGUACACCCGCGCGAAUGCACGCGUCCCACGGGUGGCCGGACUCUGAUAUUGGCCGUCGUGAAAGUCGACGGAGUUCACAAGAGCGGCUUUGGGGCCCUCGAGGAAGCAGUAGUUGUGCCAGCUCGUGCGAGCCGAGCCGGCCAACACCACGAUGCGUUCGACGAAGUCCGGAUACAUUGCCCCCAUGUAGUACGCCUGCUGGCCACCCAUGCUGAACCCGAUGUAUGCGGUCAGCUGGGUGAUCCCCAGGGCCUGGCAGAGCUGGUACUGCAGACGGAUGUUAUCCUCGUACGUUACGUGGGGGAAUCGCGCUCCGCUCAUCGCCUCUGGUGCAUUGGAUGGGGAGCUGGACUCGCCCCCGCCGAGCAACCCGCAGACGACCACGAAGUGGUCCUUGAGCGCUGCAGCGGGCUUGUCGUCGGUAGGAACAUAUAGGAAUGUCAGAGUGUCGUCCAAUUUGCCACCGUAGCAUGUGGGAAUGAAAAUGGCUCGGGAAUCAGGAGUUCCGUACGUGCGGUAAGCGAGGGUGAAUGUAGCAUUGGAGGACGGAGCAGAUGCCUCAAGAUUGGGGUGCCCCACGUUCGUGAAAUAUCGGGUGGUCAUGGUGCAGGGAGAGAGUGCAGUCCAGAGUGCGGCGCAUCGCUGUCUCAGCUACUGGACCAGGAAGGAUAGCGAUUUCACACGUCCUAGCAGAUUGAGCGGUCACUAGAAGCCAAUUGAAGGAUGAUGACGACGUAGGUAGAGAGAGCACAUGCACACAUGAGUCCGAUAUCCCACCGGGCUACCGUCGCCCGUCGGGCUUGUCGGAUCUUGAUCAGCUAUCUUGAUCUAUCCCGCUUACCAUGCGAACCUCAGGAGGCGUCAGAAGAACACGGCAAACCCGACGCCGGAGUGCGAGAAGAGAUGACUAUGGUGUACGAGAACAGAGACAUCAGAGUAGCGAAGGCGUUCCGAUUACGAACCCGAUCGUCUGCCGCUUUCUUGAAGCAGAGGGCAUGGGAAAAGGCCAGAGAGGGCUGGAAGCGUCGGAAGAAAAAUGCUUUGACGUGCUAGAUCGAUGCUGUGCUCGUUUGACACACGCUGCCGGAAAAUACAUGUGUCGGGAUCCGGACCGUGCGUCGGUGACUCGGUGGAUACUCUCUAUCUCUCUUGUUUCUUCCACUCAUGCCCAAGAACUCUCUAUCUAUUCGACUCACAGAGAGUGCUGUGUUUCUCCGCACAGAUGAAAACAAUGCGCGCCGCCGUCGGAACCCUGCGCACGCUGCAGCGCAAACCCCGACCUCUGUGCUUAGGGGCCUCUUGACGCUCUCUCUAGUCAAACCCACCAAGAUCAAGAGCAUAGACAUCCAAUUGCAAGCUCGAUCGUCGACUUCAUGGCCAGAAGGGGUCGGCGCAAGACAUGUCGACAUCCAAGAAGACCACAAACUGUUCACGCAGUCGAUUCAAUUCUUCCGCGCUGGUCCAGCGUCAAGGCGCACUGUUUCAGUUGGGCCUGGGCUUGAUACUUGGCAUAGUGACGAGUUUCCACAAGCCCAGUCGGCGAGGGACGCAACCCCAACACCCGAGGACUUCCCCCUGCCCACUCCAGCCCCUCGUCAAUUCAGUGUCGACUCGUCUUACUUCCAUCUGAACACCUCUUUCGAGCACGUUCCUGCCUACUCACCGGCAACACCACCACGUUCCAAUGGCAACACCCACGCUCGUCCGACCCCAUCCACAAGCCGUUCGAGGCUCGAGGAAGAUCCUGCCCAUGCGCUUGAAGACUUUCGCAAUACUCUGAAUGCGAGCUUGACGCCGUCUCGAUCUCGAGGAGGCGAUAGAUCUCCAGGCACGAUAUCUUCAUUCUUCGACGCCGACCGUUCCUUGUCGCGGCGGCCAAGUAUAGACACCCUCGCUGAAGCUGACGAGGACGGGGCAACCACAAACGGUAGCUCAAGCCCAGUAGACCGUCGGGGGAGGCGAUCGCGUUUCAGUCUAGCGUCGGUGUCGAAUGUUCUAAAGGAAGCCGUGCGGUCGAGAUCGCCCCGGACGCAUGUUUCGAAAGAGCGCGAGGAGUCUAACCGGCGCGGGCGGCCGCGCGAAAAGCUCGAGCGCUGGGAACCCACUCGAGACGCGAUCCUGCCCGUCAAGGAAGAGCCAAAGGACAAAGAUCAUGGCGAAAGCUGGAAAGAAUUCAAGAAAGGGACAUAUUCUUUUCCGAUAUCCUUCACUAUCCCUUCAACGGCGCCACCCACCAUCCAAUGCGACUAUGGGAAUGUCACAUGGCGCUUGAAGGCCAAUGUGCAUCGUCCGGGCGCUUUCACGACCAGGUUGCAAGCAGCACGUGAAGUCCUCGUGAUAGCUGCACCAGUCGAAGACGAGACCGAAGACACGGAAACUGUCGUUGUCGAAAGAUUCUGGGAACAGCAAAUGCAAUAUGUCGUUUCAAUCAAUGGGCGAAGUUUUCCAGUCGGAGGCAAAAUCCCCAUUUCGUUGAACUUUAUGCCUCUGGACAAGAUUAAAAUCCAUCGAAUCACUAUCAUGUUGGAAGAAAAGGUCGAGUACCAGUCACAGGUGAAGAAGAUCAUACGGACUGAUCCACCGGCUCGUUUCGUACUGCUCCUCGUCAAAAACAACGAUGGUGGACCUAUUCUGCCCCUGUCUUCCAACUCUGGUGAUGCCUUGGAGCACUCGCCGCUGGUCGCAAUGAUGGACGCGGAAGAAGAUUUGUCCGAGUUGGCUUCGUCCUGGAUGGGGCCUGGCCCAUGGCAAUUCAACCGCGACCUGUCAUUGCCGGCAUCCUGUGCAUCAGUCCACUUCACGAACAAGAACAAAAGCGCCAAUAUCUGUGUCACCCAUAUGCUCAAGUUCAUGUUCCGAGUCGAACGUGGGGAUUCCGAGAUCGCCCUAGAUCCGAAAACAGGCAACCCGAAGUUGUUUGACAUCGUUGUCCAGACCCCAGUGCACAUCCUUUCGUGUCGAUGCAACCCGGAAUGGAUGUCGCUGCCUCAGUAUUCGUCCUCGUUCGAAGACCCCGCCGACGAGUUGCCACCAUGUCCGUGUAAAGAGAGGCGCACGAAUCUCCGACGUGUCCACUCGACCGAUUCUUCCAGUUCGCAUGGAGAUCGGGCCCACGCAAGGCAAUCUCUUCUCGCUCAGAAUACGCUUUUCGAGCGGCUCGUAUCUGGGCUGGAAAGCGAGGCAGGCGAAGCUCCCCCAGCCUACGCUUGAAGUGCAUUAUAGACUGUUUUUGAACUUUUGAUUAGCGGUACAGCGGAGAUGGGGUAGACAACUGGUUAUUAUAGGGUAAAAUGGCUUGCUUAAUCCUCGCUAUAGCACAAUAAGAUAAUGGACUUUUGAACGUUGG